AUGGAUUCAAGUCUGGUUAGUUUAGGCGUACCUUUAGCAAUUGGUUCAGCAAUUACUUAUCUUACAAGAAAGGGUAUUAAUAAUAAAGUUAACAACAUGUCCAUGUUAGCAGAUCCAAUUGAGGAUGUUCCUCAAUAUAUCAAGGAUAACAAGUAUCCAGCGAAAAUCCAUAACUCUAAUGUGAAAGAACAUCUUUUAACUAAAUUGUCAAAGGGUGGUAACGCGAUUGAGUCUGUAGGAUUUUUGGUUGUGGGUAAUCCCGUCGAACCAAAUAAAUAUUGUGAUACUUUUAAACAAUUUAGACAAGAACGUUAUUUUUUCUAUUUGACAGGUAUUGAUAUUCCAUCAGCCGUCUCAUUUUAUGACUGUAAAUCUGAAAAAUUGAUUGUUUUCUUACCAGAGAUUGAUUAUGACGAUGUAGUAUGGGGUGGUAUGCCAAUGGAACCAAAAGAAGUUCUUGAAAAAUAUGAUGUUGAUGAAGUUUACUAUAUGGAUCAAUUGAAUGAUAUCCUUGGACAAUACAAGAAUAUAGAGACAUUAUAUACCACUGAUAAGGACAAUUUUGAAGGAUUAAAAUUGAACCAAACUUUGAAUGAUGUUGUGGUUGCUAAGGAUAAUGCUUUCUUCUAUGCAUUAGAUGAAGCAAGAUUAAUUAAGGAUCAAUAUGAAAUAGAAAUCUUAAGACAUGUUGCUAAAAUAACUGACAGAAGUCAUUACGCAGUGAUGUCAGCUUUACCAAUUGAAAUCAAUGAAUUACAUAUCGAAGCAGAAUUUGCUUAUCAUGCUAAGAGACAAGGUGCUCGAACAUUAGGUUAUGAUCCUAUCUGUUGCUCAGGUCCAGCAUGUGGUACUUUACAUUAUGUUAAGAAUUCAGAAUCUUUGAAGGAUAAGGAUUCCACUUUAAUUGAUGCUGGUGCUGAAUGGAUGAAUUAUGUAUCCGAUGUAACUAGAUGUUUCCCAUUAACAGGGAAAUACACCAGAGAACAUCGUGAAAUAUACGAAACCGUCCGUGAUAUGCAAACACAAACCAUGGCAUUGAUGAAACCUGGUGUUAAAUGGGAAGAUCUACAUAUCAUGUCUCAUAAGAUUCUAAUUAAGCAUCUUAUUGAAUUAGGUAUUUUAAAAGGUAAAGAGUUUACUGAACAAGAAAUGUUUGAUUCUAGAGUCUCUUGUGCUUUUUACCCUCAUGGAUUAGGUCAUUUGAUGGGUUUAGAUGUUCAUGACGUUGCGGGAUAUCCAAAUUAUGAGGAUUCUGAUCCUUAUUUCAAAUAUUUAAGAUUACGUCGUGAAUUGAAAACUGGGAUGGUAUUAACCAAUGAACCGGGUUGUUAUUUCAACGAUUAUUUAGUUGAAGAAUUUUUAAAUAAACAUCCAGAGAGAGCUAAGAUGGUUGAUUUCGAUGUCAUGAAGAAAUACAUGACUGUUGGUGGUGUACGUAUCGAGGACGAUAUCUUAAUCACAAAAGAAGGUUAUGAAAAUAUGACUGGAAUUACAUCCGAUCCAGAUGAAAUUGAAAAGAUCGUUCAAGCAGGUCUUUCAAAAAAACGUUCUGAUUUCCAUGUUGUUGUAUAA